AUGGGGCCAGAGCCGAGACCUGACUCACGGUCGUCCCACACCGACACCAACACCAGCGCCAGCCUGCGACCGCGACCGCGACCGCGCAACGAAGCCCACCUGGACCCAGACAACCUGGAGUUGCACGAGAUCGAAACUCAGCAGGACGACGAUUCAGGCGUGUCGAUCUCCUCUGGAGAAUACCGCAUCACCACGCGGCGGACGGUAUCGCGCACCUCGACCAGUCAGACGCAGCGGCCACGACGCGAGGGGCUCCUCGGGCGCAUUCAACGGUUCUGGACGAGGCAUGUGGUCUUGACAGUGGCGCAGAAGAAGAAUCGGGAUUAUUUCGCUCUCGAACGAACGUUUCUCGCGUACAUCCGGACCUCCGUGAUCCUCGCAAUGCAAGGCGUCCUGAUCGCCCAGCUGUUCCGCCUUCAGUUUGCCGGCUCAAGCAAAGGCCUCGGAUACCAUGAAGUCGGCGUCCCGUUAUCGGUGACGUGCCAUUGCGCGGCCAUCGUGACGGCGAUCCUGGGAGCGCAUCGGUUCUGGAAACAGCAGAGUGCGAUCGCGCUGGGGACGGUAUACGCAGGAGGUUGGGAACUGAACUGCAUCGGGUUCUUGACAACGGCGGUGAGUUGA